AUGUCUGUCGAUGGCAGUAACAAGGACGUCUCGUUUGCAGCAGGCAUAGCCGCAGUAGGAGUUGAGCUGCUCACUCACCCACUCGACACGCUCAUUACUCGAUUACAAUCACCCGCCUACGCCUCAACAUAUCAACGUGCAAAUGGCGGCAUCAACCCGGCUCUCUACCGAGGGUUAUAUCAAGGCUUCGGCCCAACGAUUAUCACCAGUAUCCCCGCAUCAGUCGCCUUCUUCACAAUCUACGAAACCAUGAAAUCAACGCUUCAGCCUAACGAGGACACUCAACCAUCAAAGUCUCGCGAGCUAGCCACGUACGCGCUUAGCAGCGCAGUAGCAGAUCUGGUAGCAUGCGCCAUCACUAAUCCCGCCGAGGUGCUGAAGCAGAAUGCUCAAGUCGUGCAUGUUCAAUCCGGGCAUAGUCGCUCGCCGCUGCUAUCGACCGUCAAGCACUUCUCCAGGCAUCCGACUAAGCUCUGGGCGGGGUACACCAUGCUAGCGGCUGGCCAUCUCCCCGGGACGAGUCUGACGUUCUCGACGUAUGAGUAUCUCAAGUCCUCGUGGUUUGAGGUACCGCAGGGUUCCAGUGAUGUUAGUGCUCAUUUCAAGGGAAGUUUCUACAGCGGUGCACUGGCCAGCGCGGUGGUGUCGCUGCUCUUCGUACCGGUUGAUGUGGUGAAGACGCGCAUGAGGCUUGCGGCGGGUACUCCCACCUAUGCUCGACUGCCCUUGAAGGCCGAUAUUCGGCCCAUACCUCCGUCAGUGAAGGUAGAGAGGGUAUCGUCUGCUAAUGCUGUGGCUGUAGCGAGGGGUGUAUUAGUGAAGGAGGGUAUACGAGGUCUUUUCAGAGGCGGGGCUUUGACUUGCCUCGCGGCUGGGCUGGGAGGUGGAUUGUUUCUUGGGUGUUAUGAUGCUCUUAAGGUAUGCUUUGGAGGUCAGGGAUAA